AUGGCCUUCCGACCACCACCCACUGGACUUGCUAGACACGUUUCUAACCUCUUGAAAGGUGACCUGUUGAAGAAGGCUCCUGUCUGGCUCCCAGUUCUUCAGUCAAUUCCCCCUGGACCAUCCAUCAUUCGCGCUCAGCACCACAACCCCAUUGAGGUAGCAGCUCUAGAUGAAUCAAAAGAAGCCUUUAGACAAUCCAACACUCGUAAUACCGUUGCUGCAACACGCCACAAACAGAAGCAUCUUCGUACAAAACCACCACGACCAGUAGCAAUUGUCUACCCUGAAGAUAAAUUAAGAAGACAGUUCUACAGGGAUCAUCCCUAUGAAUUGGCCAGACCUAAAGUACUUGUUGAAAACAAUACUGGACUGAAUCGCACCGACUUUAGCAAACUUCUCUUGCCAGAAAUGAACCUGUAUGAGGUUGAUGGUGAAGCUGUUGUAAAAUAUCAGCUUUACCUCAUGACACACGAAAAGAUGCCAGAGAGAAAGGCUUAUGCUAAAGCUACAUCUGAGUUCUAUGAGAUCCGUGCUCUCCAGGAACAACAAGAAAGAGAAUUGAGAAAGGAAAUGUUUACGAUCGUAGAAUCUAGCCACAAGCACAGCCAGCGUGCAUUGCGUCUUGAAGAACGUGCUUUGAAGCAGGUCUAAAGAAUCGUCCUUUCUCUUUUUUUCCCCUUCUUCUUGACACUCUUUAGAAUGUAUAAAGUAUUUUUUAUUUGUU